AUGGCAUCGCACUGGACGAGUAAAAAUGCAAUUCUGCGAGAUUUAUCUUUAGCUCAGGGACGUGAGGUUCCAGUGGAACUUGAAAACACAGUAGGGUACAAUGAAAAACCACCAGCUUUAAAUUACACUGAAGAGACUGAGGAAGAAUUUUUCUCCAAUUGUGUUGGAGGAGGAGACUGUAAUACUGGACCUGACUUACAACUUAUUCAGCAGAUGUUAGAUAUGGUAAGAGAAGCAGAAAUUGAAGAUCUAGAAACAAAAAAUGAGACAGUUAUAGAAAUAAGUAAAGGAAAUAACUUAAGUAAAACACCACCAGUGUUAGAUGUCAAAAAUAAUGGAUCUAAGAAGCUAAAAAGUCCCAUAAGUUCUGAAAUAAAAUUAAAACAAAAAAAGAAUCGCAAUGCUGCUGUAGAAUCGCUCAUUGCAACAUAUGGAGAUAUUGAUCUAAAUGAGAGUAAUCAGGAACAAAAUACAAAAGUGACAACAAAAAGUGACACUGAUAAUUCUAUGACAAGAUAUCAAUAUCUUAAACUUACUUCACCAAUGUUAAUGUUUAAAAAGAAAUCUCCGACCAAACUUAUUGAAAAUGUUGAUAAAAGUGAAAAAGAUGUGUCAACAGAAAUAGAUUCAAUAGAGCCUGCAAAGUUUGUACCGUCUGCUUUUGCUGGGGAAAGAUAUCAAAAAUAUUUAGAAAUGAGUAAGAUGCAAGAGCAGAUGCAAGACGAUAUAUGGAGUAAAGCUGAACAGAAAAUGAAAGAAAUUGAUGCCAGAAAAAGAGAAGAAAGGAAACUAGAAUCUUCUUUAUCGUCUUCUUCCAGCAACCAAGACAGAAGUAGUCCUGAGCUAAGAGGUAUGGAUUUUGUCCGUCUGCCCGAACAUAGACACUUGUUAACCGGGGAAUGUACUGUUUGCCAAGUGCUAUGUGUUCACAGUAUAGAAGAUUCUAUGAAGAAUACUCAGAAA